GAUCGGACAGUGCAUUGUGGUAAGAUGGUGGCUUCUCCAUUGUUCAGCUGUGUGUUUGCAAGAGGAAAAAAUCCCCUGAAAGCGAUCAGUGGAGGAAAUAAGGCUUGAAUUUCACAUGUAAGUGUUGCCAGCGCCGCCACUGCUGAUCCGGAAUUAUGGAAGAAGAUGAAAACCAGGAUCCACAGCAGAACGAAUCUCCGGGGGAUGAAGCAGGAUUGGAUCAGUGCACUGAAUCACAGAGAGAUAGAGGUGCUGAACAGGUACGCCUGAUCCCACAGCCGCUGAGGCAGAGCACGCACAGUAAUCGGUCUGAGCGCAACACACCUCCCCAAGCUAACUGCAGAGAUUCGCCAUGUGGGCAGCAGGUUAAGAACUCCCUGCAGUGCUUAAGAGGCAUGAACAUGGCCACUCGUGAACCAAAUGACUGUGGGAAGAUGUGCCAGCGAGAUUCCAGGAAAAAGAAGCAGAUCAGACGACGAAAGGCAUGCAUGCCUGUGGAAUCCAACAUCGCCACCAGAAACUCGCCAGAGGCCGCAGUGCCCAGUCUCCAUGGUAUCCCUGGGAACGGGAACCCGGAGAAAGAAGUGGUAUCAGUUCUACUGUCCCAUCUCAGCAGUGCGCUACAGCACAUCGGAUCCACAUAUGGAGCCACCCUGCGGACACGGCUGAACCCGGAGCCGGAAUCUGUUGCCAAUCUGGGCCCCUCUUAUUUUGGCAGGUUAGAGCCAGAACACACAGAGGAGACAACAGAUUUGCAAGAAGAUGGUGUUUCCAGUCUUGGCAUCCGUUUUGUACGUCACCCCGGGUUUAUUGUUAAGAGAGAUCGGACCUGGCGAUAUAACAAGUCAGUGUCCACUGGCUUUCCAUCUCCAUCACAGAGGGUACCAUCUCAGAGCAUCGUAAGGGAAGCUUUGCCUUUCAGGAAUUGCUUAUGCAGUGGUGGACUGUCCAACACAAAAAACAGCGGAAGCCGUUCCAUGGAAUCCCACGGCAUCAAGAAGGUGAACGAUGGGUUGGGUCUGUUGGAUUCGUAUGCUUUGUCACCAGCAUCCUUGGACUGCCUGAGGCAAGGGUUGCUGAGAAACAUGGGUAAUCUGGAGCAAACAGAGACUUUGGGGGACUCGAGAACGAGAAACCCCGAUACAAGGACAGAGAAGAGUAACCAGCCAGUGGCUACAGGCUUCAAAGGGUCCGUUUUCUCCCCCGAUGUAGACUUGACAAUGAAAAGAAGGCUGGAGCCAUUGGGGGUAGAUCUCAUUUGCCUAUCACAGAGAAGCAACAGGCUCGAUGUGCUUGUGAAUCCGAGCACAGAUCAAAAGCCGAUGGCUGAUUCUCCUAUAAAAAGGCUUGUGGGUACUACCCAGGGCUUGCAUCCUGCUGAAGGGGUCAGUUGGGGCCUGGUCCUUGGCAACGGUAGUGGUAUCUCAAAUGGUCAGCAACGGCCAUUAAACGGAGGUGGCUGCUCCAACUCAGGGAACCAACCCAGCUCAUCUAGCAUGCCUCAAACAUGUGAAAAGACAGAGUCCAGUUCAGUCUCUUGCCACCAGAGCGUCACUAAUCGGAUUAGUUGUUCUGACAGUCGACUGAGGCCUGAAGCCUAUGACCCAUUCAAUCCAACUGAUGAAGAAAAUAUUAACGGAGAGUUUAUAGGUGGUGACUUUUCGCCGAAAGAAAGGACGGGCUUGGACGAUGAGGAGGAGGAACCCGAGGAGGACGACGAGGAGAAGUAUGACCCGUUUGACCCGACGGGUUCCAUCGCAAGUUCAAACAACUUGAGCCCAAUGGGAGAUGACUCCGAAGGUGAGCUGAAAAUUGUUAGCGAUGCUGGGCUAACCGAGGAGGAAGAGGAGGAGGACUGCAUGAGCCCCGAGUACGAGAUGGAACGGUCCCCAGAGUCGACGACGUGCGUGUCAUCAGAUGUGGAGCUACGGCCUGACUGUGGGCAUGUGGUCAAGUCAAAUCUGGAACCUGACCUCUACAGUUCGCCUGAGUGCAGAGACACACAGCCCGAGUCCCACACCAGCUUUACAGAGUUAAGCUCCACAAUUGAAGCUGAUUCUAAACUUCAGGGUGAGGCUCAGCUUGACUCAAUUUCUCAACCAGACUCCAACUCGGUUGACUCAGAAGAUGAUGUUCAGUCCCAGAAUGAACUGAUGAUAGAUGAAACAGCCUGUGCAAUGUUUGAAGGCGAAGAGCCAGUGUCAUCACCAAUGGAUUUUAGCUUGAUGCUUAACCCUGAUCCAAAGAUGAAAGAAGAGCCUGAGUCAUUAAAGGUUAUGGAGAAACAGGUCCAUCCCUUGGAAGAGGGUGACCCUUGGAAAAGUGAACAAGCGAAGGAACCAAGCCUUAAAGGAAAGAUGAGCACUGGUCCCACAGAAGCUUCCAAACACAAAGUGGCUUCGGAUCUGCAGAGUGCACCCAGGUAUCAGAAAGACUCUGAAAAGGUGGAGUCUGAGACGGUGGGAACUCACAAAUCCCAGAGCCGGUCUGCGGAAAAGAUGAGCUCAAGUGGUCGGGUGGGAUCAAAGUCGGCAUUGAAGCAGCGCUCGAGAGCUGAAGCUGUACGGAAGGAUAAAUCUGGCGGCAGUAAGGGGCACUCGAAGGCAGAACACAAAAGCAAGUCCUCUUCUACUUCUAGGUAUCACCACAAGUCCCACCGUACUGUGGAGAGAAAAGACAACCUUGUUUUCACAGUGAAUGUCUCCAAGUGGCCAGAUGAUGCACACAAAUACGAAGAUUCUGAAAUAGAAGAAGGUGAAAUUGUCCAACAGGAUGAAGAAAACUUCAGCCCGGCCAGGACCUUUCGCACUCGGGGGCGGAUUUUUGAGCGUCUAAGAGGAGUUGAAGGGGACGAUUUUAUUUCCCUCCAUGCUGACUCUGACGAAGGUGCGUUGCAGAUUGACCUGGGUGAAAACUCGACGGAGGGUGGACGGAAGAAAUUGGACCGCAGGAGAAAGGUGUCAAAUCAGCAGAGGGAGAAGGUGCCAAAACACUCGCGGUCACCAGCAGAAUCCAAAGGCCAGUCUGGCUCCCACUCAGAGUCCAGCUCCCGCAGCCGGAAAAAACGCAAGCGGGAACACAAGAAGACCCGAUCGAAAGACCGCAAGCGAUCCAGGUCCCAGUCACGUGAGCGCAAAAGGUCCACAUCCCGAAGCAGAUUGCGAAUCCACCGCAAAAAGUCCCGGUCGAGAUCCAGGUCUUGGGAACGAAGGCGGUCAAGCUCCCGAUCGCGUCAUAAGGUGUCCCGGUCCCGCACCCAUUCCAGAGAGCACCGGAGGUCUAGAUCCUGGUCACCCUCCAUCAGCACCAGCAUGUCCGCCCUGGGCUCCAUGAGAGCUUCGGCUGAGAGAUGGAAGGGCCGCCCGCCCCCGUCAAAGGAAAGUGGGUCAUUCCACCGUUCCCGCUCGAGCAGUAAGUCCAGAAAAGAAAGGCGCAAGAAGGAGAAACAUCGGGAGGUGGAAACCUCGAAGCGCCGAAGGCAUUCGAGGUCAAGGUCCAAGGAGAGGUCCCAGAGGGAGAAGAGACAACCCAGCCCUUCCCCAAGAAGGUCAAAAGAAAAGAACGAGAAAGAGAAGGACAAAAGUAGAGAGAGAAAUCCUGUGAGUGAAAAGAAACACGAGAAAACUGCAAAGGGAAGGCGUGACAGCAGGAUAGUGGUUCCUCCUUCGAUUCAGGAGCUGAACGAUGAUGACAUUCUAAUUAAAGCUCGCUCUAUUACCAGAACCAUUACUGUGAACCCAGGGGAGGCCAUGGAAGACCAAGACGAUUCAAUAGAAGUGGCAGCCCUCUCCCCGAACCGGGAAGCCAUUUAUGACUCAGAUGAAUUGGGCUUUGAGAACAGCUUCUCCGAUGUGGAGCCAACUGACCACUUGCAGGAGGGCAGGGUGCCGGGGAAGGGGCCAGACGGCAAGGUUGAGAGGAGGAGUGUUCACGAGAAAAGCCACCGAGCGGGAGAGACUGGUGCCAAACUGACCAAAGUGAAGGACCGAAAGAGAGCUCACCCGGAGGAGAAGCCUGCCAAAGAGAAGCGAAGGAAGAAGCUGACGGAAGUGCAAAAGGGGCCAGUUGCGACAGACAGCCUGAAGACUGAGAAGAAGGCUAAAGAGCAUUUAAUUGGUGGUCAGUCCGCCAAGAAAAUCAAGGCACCGUCCAAGGAAAGCAAGCAGCAGGUGCCUCGGAAAGUCAAACUCCAGUCAAAGGUAGCUGUUCUCAUCCGGGACGGAGUGAGCUGUGCUGCCUCGAUGAAGGAGGACCGCGGGAAGGGGGGAGGUUUAAUCGGCGUGAAGUUCAGCCGGGACAGGGAGAGCAGGUCGCCGUUCAUGAAGACUGAGGAGAAGGUCCACGACUCGAAGCCCAGCCGGCACCGGGCCGAGAGCUCAGACAGCAAAAGCACUCCGUUGCGGGUAGUGAAGGGGAAAGCCACGGUGAAGCAGCGGUCGGCAGCGAAGAAGGCCAAGGCGGCCGGCGGGAAGGCCAAGGGCUCCGGGAAGAAGAAGAAGGAGGCCAAGGCCAAGAUCGCCCUGAAGAAGGCAGCGUCUGAUAGCAGCAGCAGCAGCAAAGACUCCAGCCCCUUCAGGAACAAGGAAGAACUGCAGUGGUCUUCCUCGGAGAAAUCUGAUGACAAGGUGAACCUCCCGAGCCCCGUGAAGGAUACGGUGGAGCAGGGACUGUCCCCCCUCUCUCAGAUCUCCGAGAGUACCUCCCAACCCCUGGAGCCGGCCUUUGUGCCAAAGGAGCCCCCACAGCACCAGCCUCCUCCACCACCCCUCCCACAGCAACCGAAGGAUUAUCAUGAGCACAGCGACACUUCAAAGGUCAACGGGGAUAAACCAAGAACACUGAACAAACCACUGUCAUGGGACCUCCAGACGGGAGGAGGAAUGUUAGCACUUACAGCAUUGCUGUUCAAGAUGGAGGAAGCCAACCGUGCAAAAGCCCAGGACUCCUUUCAAGCAAUCACUCAGAUUCUCAGCCAGGCGAAGCCCCCUGCGUCCCAAGUGCCGACUAGCCUCUCCAGCCACCUCCCUGCCAGCCAGCCCGCACCGAAGUUUCUCCGCCAGGGCUCCUUGUCAAUGCUGGGCACGUCAGCGGGACCGCCCACGUUGCCGGGAUCUGCCAGUCAGCCUCCUGCCACCACCUCCGGGAAACUCUACGGCAUGUUGGACAGCGGCGAGGUGGCCAAGGUGGAGGGGACCACCAGCUUUGAUGCCAACAUGGAUAGUGACCGGUACCUGAAGAAGCUGCACACACAGGAGCGAGCGGUGGAGGAGGUGAAGCUGGCCAUCAAACCCUUCUAUCAGAAGAAAGAGAUCAACAAGGAGGAUUACAAGGACAUUCUCCGCAAAGCUGUACAUAAGAUUUGCCACAGUAAAAGCGGUGAGAUCAACCCCGUUAAAGUUGCCAACCUGGUGAAGGCUUACGUGGAGAAAUACAAGUAUGCCCGGAGGCACAACAAGAGACCGGAGGACAGCACUCUUCAGAGCAACGGCAAGGAGGCCGGGAAGUUAGAAAAACACGGCAAAGUCUCGGCGCAGACGUAAACCAGAUCAAGAGACAGUUUUUAAUGAGUUACCAGAAUUCAAUAAUUUUGAGCACCUCUCCUCGUUUUAUUUUUCAUUUUAAUAAGUGUGAAGACAUUUUUUUUAAAAGACGAAAACUUUAGAAGUCCAUCUGACGUUCCUGGGUUAAUCUCAUUGUGGCAGUGCCUACUGAUCCUGAAUUAGAUGGAAGAAACUUGGGACACUUUUAAUGAAAUACAAAGGGGGGGGGAGGGUGGUGGGGUGGCAGAAUAUUCUUGGAAAGUUUAAAAAAAAAAUCACUUUUAAAAACUGUAUACUGUAUCUCCCAAUUGCUGUAUAUAAGAUAGGAGCCAUCGGCAAGCUUUCUCAUCUCCUUUCUCAUUUCUGUUAAUAUUUUGUUUUUAAUCUCCUCCUGCACCUCCCAUCCCAAUCCCUGAACUCCCUUGCCCUCCAUUUUCUUUGUGCAUGACGUUCCCUUUUCUAGGUCAGUGAAUUCUAUAUGGUUUUAACCAGAAAUAAAUGAUAUUACUUGCUCAGUGA